CUAAGUUAAAGUGGAAAUUUUAAAAGAUAUUUUAAUUCUUCAAUUCUUUAAAUUUGAUGUUUGUUUCUAAAUUAAAAAAAGAAUAUAUAAAAAAUUCUUUGGAUGAAAUAAAAUCAGCCUUCCACGCUCGACGGUUACUUGAUAAGAUAACCUUCCCGGCGGAUAACCGGCAACCUGCAAAUUCUUAGUGAUUGUAAUUCUCGUCGUUUCAUCUAUCCCUACGAUCCCUUUUUUACCACGGACUAGCCGACUGAUCGUCCCGACAUAGAUCUUCCACUUUUCCCUUUUUUUUUUCAAAUCUUUAAAAAUAAAAAUUCAAAUUGAAAACAAACGGAAAAAUUCCAGAACAUUAAAAACUUUACCGACCAAAAUUCAUCCGUGAGAGAUGGACGAAGAGAAUGAGGAUAACUCCAGCUUGUUCGAAGAGGAUUACUAUGCAUUUUUAAACGUGCCUAGAGAUGCGUCCACUGAAGAGGUGACGAAUGCAUACCGCCGGCUCAGCCGUCUCUACCACCCAGACAAGCACAUCGACCCUGUACAGAAGAAAGACGCCGAGGUACUUUUCAACAAGACGAAAAAAGCAUACGAAGUUCUCAGGGAUGCGCACAAGAGGGCGAUAUACGACUCCGUCGGUGUCAAGGGUCUCGAGACAGAAGGGCUCGAGGUCAUGCAGCGCACUAAAACGCCGGGAGAGAUACGAGAAGAGUAUGAAAGACUAGCGAGGCAAAGGGAAGAAAGGCGUUUACAGCAGAGGACAAACCCUAAAGGGAGCGUAGUUGUCAAUAUUAACGCAAUGGAGCUGUUCAGCCGUUACGAGACAGACCUUGAAUAUGACCUGGAUGAUGGUUUUCCUACAAUCGAAGUGUCUGGGAUGUCGGUGACUCAGUCCAUUGAAGCGCCGCUCACUGCGAAGGACACGGCGACCAUCGCUGGCCACCUCAAUACGCACAACGGAACUGGCUCGGGUAAUCUGACCAUAACAAACAAACGCCAGCUGUCUGAGAAAGGCUGGGUAGAGCUGUGCGUGGGCGCCGGCUCAGGCCCGGUCCUCGGCCUCAAAGGGUUCCGGACCCUGGGCAAGAGGGCUUUCUGCCAGGCAGAUACGUUCCUACAGUUCGGGAACAAUGGUGUACGCACCGGACUCGAUACAACCGUGGCAAUGCAGCUGGAGAAGUCGAUAAUGGGUUACCUGACCUGGAGGACCGGAUCGACCUCCUCCAUGUCAACAUCAAUCAUACGCAACACCGACAAUUCUAAUACAAAUAUCACCGUGCUUCUUGGGAUUCCACAUUCAUACAUCUCGCUGGGAUUCACUUGGAAUUUCAAGACUCCCGAAGUGAAAUUGAAAUCGUCCGUCAAAGCUGGGACAUUCGGUGCAGUCCUCGAGUACGGUGCAGAGCGCAAAGUCUCUGAACAGAGUUCCGUCUCAGCUUCGGUCAGCCUCGGAACACCGACAGGCGUGGUACUCCGCCUACGUUUUACCAGGGCGUCGCAGAGCUACCUUUUCCCAAUACAGCUGUGCGACGAGGUGCUACCCAGCCCCGUAUUCUAUGCCACAGUCACUCCCCUUCUCACUUGGAUCAUUGUCAAGAAGCUUAUAAUCGACCCGAUUGUCUGCGAACAGACAGAAACCAAACUCCAGAAGCAGAAAGACACUUAUAAAAACCGUAUGGCGGAGAAGAGGAGGGAAGCUCAAGCAGCGACAAACCUUAUGUCCGUCACAUUUGCUCGCAUCAGAGCGGAAGAGGAGGCGAGAAAAGGACUGGUCAUCGUGUCCGCAGAAUACGGUAGAAUCACCGCACCAACUUCAGGCGUGUCUUCGACAGAUGGUCGUUCAGAGGAAAUUAUAGACGUCACAGUUCAACUCCAGUGCUUGGUCAAAGACUCCAAACUAGUCAUCCAUAACUCAACAAAGAGCCAGUUGCCGGGAUUUUAUGACCCUUGUGUCGGUGAGGACAAAUGCCUCUGUGUCCAGUAUCUCUUUCACAACCACCUACACCAAACGACGAUCAGCGACAACGAGGCCCUCCGGAUACCACGACAAUCACAUCGUGUCAACCCGACAUGACAGUGGAUGGUGACGGACGUCUAGAAAAAAAGGAAACACAUAGACACACCCGAUCCAAUAGUUGCUUGAAGGCAAAAGAAGAUUUAAAAACAACAAGAAAUAAUUUGCCAUCUUCCACAAUUAUCGAAAAUAAAAAAUAUAUGAGUUUUGAUGAAAGUGCAAA